AGGAUGCAUCUUGGAAUUCUCUCAGUAACCUCUGUACUGCUGUUGAUCAACCGUUUCCGAAUUUGAAACAUUGCCUGGAUUGCCAGGAAGGACGAAGAGUAGUUAUUUUCUCUCAUUUCGAAGACGCCUCCUGUACACUUCCGAAUUUUUUACAAAAUGACUGAAACUCCUCUACUGAAUAUUCCUUCCUCAAACCAAAGUGAAAAUCAGAACAACUCAACUGUUUGCCCAGACUUGGAUGACUGGUGGGACAUCGUGUACUAUAUAGGACCCAAGUACAUUAACACUGUCUGUGUUAUUGGUAUGCUUGGAAAUGUGUUUGUUCUCUUAAUUUAUUCACUGCACAAGGGCCCCCUGAAGAUAGCUGAAAUCUACCUUAUGAACCUUGCUGUUGCUGACCUCAUCUUCCUGACAUGCCUCCCUUUCUGGGCAGAGAACAUCAGUAAUGAGUUUAACUGGCCAUUUGGCAGUUUCCUGUGCCGCAGCAUCAGCGCCUCCAUCACCUUGAACAUGUACACCAGCAUCUACUUGCUCGUGGCCGUCAGCAUGGAUCGCUAUUUGACUUUUGUCCAUACCUUGAACCACAGAGAGAUAUGGAGCAAAACUAUCACCAAAGGGAUCUGCUUGCUCAUCUGGUUCUUUUGCAUCCUUCUCAGCAUCCCAGCUUUCAUGUUCCGGACUGUGAAAGACUUUCCCCAGUGGAAUAUUUCAGCGUGCACUUUGGACUUCCCCAGCCCAUCGUGGGAAAUAGCUGAAAGCCUGGUAGGCAAUGUGGUGGGGUUUCUGUUGCCAUCCACAGCAAUCAUCUUCCUCAAUUUCUCCACCAUUAGGUCCCUACAAAAAACAGCAAAAGAACGAAGAGCACUCAGAGCAAAGGGUUGCAAGAGGCACAAAGGCACAAAGGCAACCAGGCUGAUCUUCACUGUGGUACUGAUGUUUCUUUUCUGCUGGACUCCUCACCAUUUUUUUGUAUUCCUUGAUACAUUAUACCAUACAGAAGUGAUCAAAGGCUGCUUCUGGGGAGAACUGAUCAACUUUGGGGAGCAGUUUUCUUAUAUGCUGGCUAUCACCAACAGCUGCAUUAACCCUGUGAUUUAUGUCUUUGUUGGGAAAUACUUCAGGCAAAAGGCUUUAGAAGUUUUUUCACAGUUUAUUCCCUGUGGAUUUCCUUCGAGAUGGGUAUCUUUCAAAGAAAUGUCUUCAAAUUUCAACAUGUUUCCAGUCAAGAGUAGUUUAACAUAAUGGUUCUCAGUUCCUCUUUAUUUUGAUAUUAUAACUUAUUUUAUGACACUGCAAAUGGCAUUAAAAAUUAAUAUGAAACACUCUGAUCUGGCCUUCACAGACCAAGCUAAUUAUCAAUUAAAGCAAAUCACUUGAUUGAUUGCUUAUUUUUUCCUCAGGCUUGCUUUUCUAGUUCUGUGUUAUCCAUCCAAAUGCAUAACAUGUGAUACCAGAAUUUUUUACCAAAUGAUGUAACCUGUGUUACCUAUUAACAGUGGCUUAAAAUAAUUUUUUUUAUACAAAAUACCAGAAAUCUGGUUUCUUUGCAGAAAGCCAUAAGCCAGCUGAAUAUUUUGCUGCAUUGUAUCUGUGAUGACAGCUACCAUACCACCUAUAACACUAUUCAUAAAAUUACAACAGGUAUUACAGAGCAAAUAUGAGCUUAAUCUUAAGCUGAUAAGUGCAUUUAAGCAGGUAUGGGAUAACUUUGGUUAUUUUGAACCAUAUUUUCACUGAUUUGCAUUUUGACAGUAAGAUAUAGAGAAUUUUAAUUGGUUUUGUGCACUUUAAUUAUGUGCAGUGCAUAACUAUUGUACGAGAGGAUGUAACACAAAGAAAGUGUACAUAAAUUGUAAGAAGAGCAAGGUAACGCAGUAGCCUCCUCAAAACAUGACUUUUGCUGAUCCAGGAAAGUAUUACAAAAUUGCUCAUAAAGUACUGUAAAGAUCCUUUUUAUUUUUUUAUAUGUGAAUAUAUCUAUGAUGGCCAUUCAUACUGUAUUAUUUUGAGGCAAAUCUUUAGAUACAUAUUUAUAUGUUUAUGAAUCAAAAUUAAUAAACUAUGUAACACCUUA